AUGUAUUUAAUAUUUUCAAUUUUUUAUUUAAUUAUUUUAUUUAAUAAUAAUUUAUUAUUUGCAAAAGAAGAGGAAGAAGAUUUAUUUAAAGAAGAAUUAUUAGAGGAAAAAAUAGAUGAAGAAAAAUCAGUUUUUAUUUCUUCUCGUUGUUGGAGUAAUUCUAAUGGGCAAAAUGAACGUUGGAUAAAUGAAGGGGAAAUUGUGGAUAGAGGGAAAUAUUGGUAUUUAUGUUCUGGUGGAAAACUUGUCCCAGCUGGAUGUAUUGAUGAAAAAGAAAAAAGAAUUCCUUUAAACAAAACAUUUAUUAACGGCAAUUUUCUUGUUGAAUGUAUUUUGUGGGCUAAUUUAAUUAAAAUAAAAACUGUUGGAUGUUUAGAUAAUGAAAAUAAUAAAACUUUUUUUGUUGGAGAAAAUUGGAUAAAUGGGGAGUUUUUGUGGGAAUGUGCUUGGGAAGGUAUUUAUUUAAAGAAAAGACAAAAAAGUUGUGUUUUUAAUGAAACAAAAAUAUUAAAUGUUGGAGAACAAAAAAUUGAAGGAAAAACUGUUUAUGAAUGUCAACAAAAUGAAUAUGGAUUAUUAAAUUUAGUAGCUAUUGAAUGUAUUUCUGAUGAUGGAAAAAGAUAUAAAAUUGGAAAACAAUGGACGGAAGGCGAUUUUAUUUUUUAUUGUAAAAAAAGACUUGAUUCUUCAAAUUGUGAAAAAACAUGUAUUGGGGAAGAUAAUCAACAACAACACCCCCAACAAUCAACAGAAUUAACACCAACAAAUUAUAGAGUACAACGUCAAUGUAUUAUUAGAAAAGGUCGGGCUAUUAUAGAAAGUCUUGGAUGUGUUUAUGUUAAAGAUGGAAUUAAACGUUUAUUUCUUCGUCCAGAAACCUAUACAAUUUGGAUAGAAGAAGAAAAAGAAAAACAAAAAAAUAAAAAUAAAAUAGCAAUUGCUUGUAUUACAGAAAAUAAUCAACAAAUUUUAUAUAAAUUUAAUUUGGAAGAAAUUGAAAAGAAAAUUAAAUUAUUUAAAUUAAAAUUUGAUGAAAGAACCUGGUAA